GUGAACACAAGCAAGCCACCAAAAAUCUUAUAAAAAUGUCCAGCUUCAAGAAGUUCUGCCUCUUUGCGAUGAUCCCUCUCAUGUGGACUUUGGUUGCAGCCAACACGCCAAUUAGACAAUGUGCCGACAGCAGCUAUCCCCAGCCUUUAAUGGUGCAAAUCGACGAGUGUGAUGAACUGCCUUGUGAACUGUGGAAGGGAACCGAAGCUAAAAUUGACAUCCAGUUUGUUGCAACUCGCAAUACUAUGCGUAAGUUGUCGGCCGAAGUUCACCUUACCUCUUUGGGAGUAACCAUACCCUAUGAUUUGGAAGCCUCCCGUGGAAAUGUGUGCGACAAUCUGCUGCAUGGUGCCUACUGUCCCCUGGAUGCUGGCGAGGAUGUGACCUACCAGCUGCUCCUGCCAGUGGCCAACAGCCAGCCCGAGGUUCCCACUCGCCUGGAGGUGCGACUCCUGGACUCCGAGGAUGGGAACCGCGUGGUAUCCUGCUUUCUGGCCGACACUCGUGUCAAGAAGCCAAGUUCAAGAAAGUAG